AUGAAGAGCAAAGAAGAUGAAGAGAAGAAGAUGAAGAAGAAUAAGAAGAAGAAGACGAAGACGAAGAAGAGAAAAAGAGACGCUGUCCCGUCUGUUGCAAUGGGCAACGGCCAGGCUGGUAUGCAAAAAAGAAGAGGCCACUCAGAAUUGCACGGAGCGAGCAUGAAAGGGAAAAGAAAAAAAGGACGAAGGUUAAGUAAAGUUCCUUUUCGGGUGGUAUCCUUUUUAGCUACCCAGCAGCCAUGGCGAGGUACUUCUGUUUUGGUGGUGAUCGCCCGCAAAAGCGAGGUACUGCUGCAUAGGGCCGGGGUACCUGGCCAUCGCUGCAGCCAAUCCGACGCAUCGCCCUCGCAUCGCUGCGCUGCUUGCCGCCCUGCUAGACGAGCUACUGCAUCCACCGUCACAGGCGAGCGGCCUGGCUGGCUGCUUGCUGGAGGCCAGCGUAAGGCUGACCUCGCUGUUUGUUUACAGGUUGCUAUCUACUUAGAUCUGGAGCCGGAGCCGGAGCUGGAGCUGGAGCUGGAGCUGUAUAAGCUGGUGGCUAUAGAUGGAGCUCUCUCUCUCUCUCUCUGUGGCCGGUUCUGA